CUAGGUUCAAUAUUCAUCAGUUAGUCCAGAAUUCUAUCACAAAAACUAAUAUGUCUACCGAAGCUGUUGCCGCCCCCGCCGUCAAGGCCCCUAAGGUGAAGAAGGCCACUAAGCCCAAGGCCCCUGCUGCCCACCCAAAGUACUCUGUCAUGAUCUCUGCUGCCGUGAAGGCUCUGAAGGAUAGAACUGGAUCAUCUCGUCAGGCGAUCUUGAAGUAUAUCUGUGCUAAUUACAAGGUUGAUGCCACCAAGGCUGGUGUACAUCUCCGUAUGGCUCUGAAGAGAGGAGUUGCUGCUGGCAAUCUUAAGAUGGCCAAAGCUUCUGGCAAGGGAGCUGGUUGCUACAAGAUUGGUGAGAAGGCUGAGAAGCCAAAGAAGGUAGCCAAGAAGCCCGCCGCCAAGAAGUCUGCUGUUAAGAAGCCUGCGGCCAAGAAGCCUGCCGCCAAGAAGCCUGCGACUAAGAAGCCUGCAGUCAAGAAGUAGUCUUUGUAACCAUCAUUGAUCUCAACUUUACACAUUAAUUUACAUUCAGAUGUUAUUCUUAUAUUGUCUAGACCUAAAUAAAUAUAAAAGCGCUAUUA